GCAUCCCCCACUGUACUCGUCCCUAAAGAUGUCAGAAUCCCCUUUCACCAUCUCCAUCCCAAACAGCAAGCUCUCCUCACUCCGCACCAAGCUCGAGCUCGCCGCGCUCCCGAACGAAGUCGACGGCGCCGGAUGGGACUACGGCGCGCCCCUGGCCGACCUGCGCCGGCUCGUCGAGCGCUGGCGCACGGGGUACGACUGGCGCGCGCACGAGGCCGCGCUGAACGCGGAGCUGCCGCAGUUCACGCGCGACAUCGCGGUCGAGGGGUUCGGAGAGCUCAACGUGCACUAUGUGCACAAGAGGAGCGUGUGUGCGGAGGCUGUGCCGCUGCUGUUUGUUCAUGGGUGGCCUGGCUCGUUUCUCGAGGUUCGCAAAAUCUUGCCUCUCUUGACGGAGGCGUCGCCCGAUCAUCCUAGCUUCCAUGUCGUUGCCUUGAGUCUGCCUGGCUACGGCUUCUCGGAGCCCGUAUUGAAGCCCGGGUUCGCUGGCCAUCAAUAUGCAGAGCUGGGAAACAAAUUGAUGCUUUCGCUAGGAUAUGAUGAAUACGUCACGCAGGGUGGAGACUGGGGUAACUACGUCACUCGCAUGAUCGCCAUACAUUAUGGCGGCAAGCACAGUAAGGCCUGGCAUAGCAACUACGCCAUCGCACAGCCCCCUACUCCCCACAAGAACCCACUCUCCUACCUCGGACACAUCCUGCUGCCCUACAACGACUUCGAGAAAGCCGGGCUGGUGCGCAGCCAAUGGUGGCAAGGCAAGGGCAUAGGCUACUACGUGGAGCAGAGCACCUGCCCGCAGACCCUGGGAUACUCGCUCUCAGACAGCCCCGUGGGCCUCCUCGCGUGGAUCUACGAGAAGCUGGUCACUUGGACUGACGCGUACCCGUGGACCGAUGACGAAGUCUUGACGUGGAUAUCGAUAUACUGGUUCUCCCGCGGCGGGCCCGAGUCGUCCGUGCGCAUCUACUACGAGGUGGCCAAGGCGCGCGCGAACGGCGAGACGACUGGCGGCACGUUCAACAUACCCAUGGGCAUCUCGACCUUCCCACAGGAUCUCAUCGUCGUUCCCCAUUCGUGGGUGCGCCGCGAGAACAACCUCGUGUUCGCCAACGCGCAUAAGAGCGGAGGGCACUUCGCCGCCUGGGAGAGGCCGGCGGAGCUGGUCGGGGAUUUGCGCAAGAUGUUUGGAAAGGGUGGACCUGCGUUCGGUGUCGUGUCCGGGAGAAAUGGGUACGGAGCGUCCGAACGCAGUCGUCUAUAA